AAUCUAAAUCUAAAUGUUAAAUCUAAAGCUAAAUAUUUAGAAAAUAUUCAAAUCCCCAAUGAAACCACAACCGCUUCAAAUCGCGCGGCAAAGAUCGAGCGGCAAAGUCAAAGACAAAGACAAAGACAAAGUCAAGCAGGCAUGGCCAGUUCUCUGGGAGUCCUGGACAUCGAACGGGUGGUUAUUGCAGCUGUACGGGCUGCACUCCAGGGUGUAGCUCCCCCGGUCCAGUCAACAUCAGCAACGGUUUCAACACCAGCGGUGCCCAGUGCCUCAGGCACUUCCAACUUUGCCACCACCGUCACAUCACUGAGAUCAGGUGAACAUACUUUAAUCUCCAAAGAAGACAUUGAGGGUUUGCUGCUGCUAGGUACAACACUUUCUGAAGUAGCUUCAAUCCUGCGGAUCUCCAGACCCACAUUAUACAAGCUCAUGCGGGUAUAUAACAUAAGACGCACAAAAUUUUGUAACCUUUCUGAUGAGGAGUUGGAUGCAACUAUAUGUGAGAUAAAAGCAGAACAUCCACAUGUAGGAGAAGUUAUGCUUAAUGGACAUUUGCGUGCCAGAAACAUUGUGGUGCAGCGACGUCGUCUCAGAGACUCCGUUCAACGGGUUGAUGGUGCUGGUGUUGAGUCCAGGAGAACAACAACUAUACAAAGACGAGUAUACACUGUGCCUUGUCCAAACUAUAUAUGGCACAUAGAUGGAAAUCAUAAACUGAUAAGAUGGAAAUUAGUUGUACAUGGGGCAAUGGAUGGUUACAGUAGAAUGUUAACGUUUCUCCAGUGUUCCAACAACAAUCGGGCUGAAACUGUCAUGAACCACUUCAGUUCAGCCAUCAGCAAACAUGGCCGGCCCCUUCAUAUUAGAACUGAUCAUGGAGGGGAGAAUGUCCAGGUUUGGGAAGACAUGAGCAUGCACAGAGGUGAACAUUCUGUGUUGACUGGAAGCUCUGUACAUAACCAGCGAAUUGAACGAUUCAAUCGGGACUUGAACAGAAACUGCAGUCAUGUGUUUGCACCCAUUUUCUAUGAACUAGAGUCAAUGGAGGCUUUGAAUGUGGACAAUGAUACAGAUUUAUUUUCUCUUCAUUAUGUGUACAUUCCCAGGAUCAAUCGCACAAUAGAUGAGUUUAAAUCUGCAUUUAACAAUCAUUCAAUUUCCUCUGAAGGAAACAGGACCCCAGUUCAGCUUUUUACACUGGACAGACAUCUUCUGUUACUAAACUACCCAGAAUCAGCAGCUGAGGAAAGAACAGUGGACUCACUAUCAACUCCUCUUGCACAUUACUCAUUUUGCCCACUUAACCAACAGGACUUGCAAGAAUUGGUUGUUACAGUAAACCCACUUGACAAUGACGGUAAUAAGGGAAAAACAUUGGAUCACAGAGUACAGGAAUUUGUAUUACACAAAAUUGUAAAUAUGUAAAUGUAUAUAUAUAUUUUAGAACUGAGAUGAUUAGUUAUCAACUAUUGAAUUGAUUGAACUAUUUUGAUAGUCAAUUGGUAGUCAUUUUUGUGAAAAAAAUAAUCUGAUUCCAGCUUAAUUGUGAAUUCUUGCGUCACUUUAUUCCCGUGUGUGUCUCAGUAUAUCCACCUGUAGAGGAUCUC